GUCAUUAGCAAACGAUAGCUCACCCAAACAAUAUGUCUGGUUUCAAGUACAUUGUAGCUUCUUUGGCGUUAAUUAACGCAGUUUCAGCUAAUCCCAGCGCCGUGGAUUUAGCGCAAGAUAUUUAUCAAUCGUGUCUUCAAGAUUUCAGCGUAAGUUGUGUGAAACCAAAGGCUUUGAAUUGGAUAUCUACGGUUGUUAAUGAUGAGGUGAUUAACAUUACUGAUGAUUUGGCUAUCGUCAAGAAAGAUAAUCCGGAUGAUAAAGAAGAACAACGUGGAAUGUCUGAAGAUAUUUUAGAUCGGUUCGAAACGUUCUUGCAAACCCACGAUAUCAUCGCUCAAGUCCCAGAAGUGUUGAGACCUUCAGGUCCUUUAGCAUCCCUCCUUCCCAGAUCAUUCCAACCUGAAAAUCUUCAAAUGCCCCUCGCGGCAACCGGAAGAUCGAAAGUCGUUAAAAAGGUCAUCGUCCCAUUCUUGUUGGGUUUGAAAUUCAAAACGGCCGUUUUAGUUCCAUUAGCUUUGGCCUUGAUCGCUCUUAAAACUUGGAAAGCUUUGACUCUUGGCCUUUUGUCCAUGGUGUUAACCGGAGCUAUGUUGAUCUUUAAAUUGUCGAAACCGAAAGUGACCACAUACGAAGUUGUGCAUUAUCCUCAACAUCUUGAUCACCAUCAUGUUGAUCAUGUUGCUGCUGCUCCUCAUGGAUGGGAUACUGGAUACGGAAGAUCUGCUCAAGAAAUGGCUUACGAUGCGUGGAUGCAGUAAUUUCGACGACAUUCGUUAUUGUUUUUUUAUUUAUUUCAAUAAAUUAUUGAUGUGAUUUUA